GGGAAGAGGAGGAGAGGAGAGGAGUGCACUUGGAAACUCAACUUAGUUUUCCUAAAGCGAGAACUUCAGGUGGAAUCUACUUGGUUACCGUCGACCAUUGGAUCACUCCAGAACUCCCAGUACGGGAAAUACUUGGGUAGGAAUGCGACUGUGCAUCACUUCCGGCUAAAUCUCACACUAGGUUUGAUCCAGAGAUCAGACAUUGAUUCAGAGGAUAAUCUGUGAGAAACUGCACUGCAGUUCAGCUUGUGACAAGUUAUGGGUAGAAGCUAACAGGCUGCUCUGUAGUACUUUGGAAAGAAGAUUCCUAGAAGAAACUCGGAGUUUCUGCUUAUCUACAGAUUACCUGCUGCACUGAACUGCCAUGGAAUUAUGAUGGAUCCAGAAACUGAGGUGCUGUACCAGCUUUUGGCAGAAGUGCAGCUAGAGCGAUUUUUCCUGAAGAUCCGCGAUGAACUCAAUGUGACGCGUAUUGAACACCUGGAUUAUGUCAAAGACACAGACUUGGAACAGAUAGGCAUCAGGAAACCAGGGCAAAGACGAUUAUGGGAAGCAGUCAAGCGUUAUAAAACAAACAUGCGGCCACGGUCAUGGAUGGCCAAGGUCUUUCCUGGCCGUGGACCAGAAGGAGGUGACCAGUCGAGUGGUGGUGCCCCUGGUCCAGGGUCAGAUGUGGUACGAGCUCUUCCCUGCCUUAUCCAGGAUAGUGAGCUGAUGUUUGGGGACAGGCUGGGCUCAGGCUCCUUUGGAGUGGUGAAAAAGGCAGAGUGGCAUACGCCUACUGGACGAGUGUUGCCUGUAGCAGUGAAGACUCUCAGGACCAAUAUGUCCAGGGAGGCAGAUCUAGUAACAGACUUUCUGCAGGAGGUCACUAUCAUGCAAUCUCUAGAACAUCUCAAUAUUAUCCGUCUCUAUGGUGUGGUACUCACCCAGCCUCUAAAGAUGGUGACGGAGCUGGCUCCUUUGGGUUCUCUGUAUGACAUGGUCCGCAUGCGGCGGGGCAAUUUCCCGCUGGCUCGUCUCUGGCUCUUCAGCACUCAAAUUGCUGCAGGAAUGGAGUAUUUGGAGUCACGUCAUUUCAUUCACAGAGAUCUGGCAGCCCGGAAUGUGCUUCUGGCCUCCAAAGAACUGGUGAAGAUUGGAGACUUUGGUCUUAUGAGGGGCUUGGGUCGUGACAAAGACCACUACAUCAUGGGAGCCCACAGACGCAUCCCUUUUGCUUGGUGUGCUCCUGAGAGUUUGCGUGUGGGCUUUUUCUCACAUGCCUCAGAUGUCUGGAUGUAUGGCGUUGUACUAUGGGAGAUGUUCACUUACUGUGAGGAGCCCUGGCUUGGGCUGUCUGGAAGACAGAUCCUGUUUCGUGUGGAGCGGGAGGGAGAGCGCUUGCCAAAGCCUCCUGACUGUCCUCAGGAGCUCUACAGUUUGAUGCGGAAAUGCUGGGCCUGCAAUCCAACAGAUCGGCCCACGUUUGCCCAGCUCACUGCUUUGGUGGCUGAGGCUCAGCCUCUGGAAGUGCGUGCAGUACGGGAUUUUGCAGAGGCCAGAAAGCUCACUCUGCAGGUCAAUGAUGCAGUGACUGUCAUAGACCAUGGGCUGGAUUUGUGUGAGUGGAAGGGUCAAAACCAGAGGACGCUAAGUAUCGGUUGGUUUCCUCCAACACUGACCGCUUCCUUCGGUCCUAAUUCUGGAGCUGGUUUAAUUUCUACGCCAGUCAAAGGAAGCUUAAAGCACACUGCACAUGGAGACAUCAAUCCAGAUUGCAGCUGGGGAAGGCCAGAACGAUUGGAUGACCCUGGAAACUGGAGAGCUCCUUUGGUGAAGGAGAAGCAAGAAUCCAAUCUAAAGAAAAUGGCAGGAAUGUCCCGCAGUCUAGAAUCCCUCAUGGGCUUCCCUCAGAGCAAUGGUAACUUUGUUCAGCGAGUUAACGAACAAAAACACAUCUCUGCUUUACUUGUCCAAGACCCUCGCAGGUUCAGUCAUGCGAGUGGUGUCAUCCCUCCUCCACGGCCACCACCACCCAACUUCAAACGCACAAAGCCUCAGAACGUGAUUUGUGAACGGCGAGUAGCAGGAAAUCCAGGCCCUGCUCCUUGGCCUCUUCUUCCUCCCCCACAUCUGCAGUUCCAACCACAGCAACAGACUAGAGGUGGUAGUAACCUAACCAAGAUGGCUCAUCUGGCCAAAUCAAGCCCCCAGCUCGAUAGUGAUAUGGAGAGAGAAAGAGAACGAGAGAAGGUACAGGAAAGGUACCCACCACAACAGAUCCAGGUAGAUAAGGAGACCCUCAAAGCACAGGUUCAGGCAGCGGUACAUGGAGUAACUCUUGAAGAAGUUCAGAAAGCUCUACAACGCAAUGAAUGGAAUCCAAUGAGGGCAGAGCAACAGCUGAAAGCAGAGCAGCUUUACCAUAUGAACCAGUGCUCUCGAGAGGACUGCCAUAAGAUACUAGCUCGCUACAAUUGGGACCUGCAGCAGGCCAGCCGUUUCGUUAUCCGCAUGGCUACUGAGAGGCGCAGUGACAGACCUUAGAAAUGAGAUGAUGUGAUGUUUUUCAGUCAGACAUCUCCGGAAAGAGAUUCUCUAUGAGCUACACUUCAGGCUUCAAGGGGCCUGUGCCAAACCGCAAAAGGGGAGCAUCAUUGAACUGCCUUGUUGACCACUGUAGUGCUGUUCUCUCUCUGUGGUUGACUCAUUCCCAUCUAUUAGAGGUCCUAGUCGAACACCACCUUCAGAUAUAGAAGCUUCAGACUUGGUAACUCAUUUUAGUAAUCUGUAUUAGUCCCGUUUUUUGGAGAAAAAAAAAAGUGCAUCAUGCAGGAGCAGGAUUUCUGAAUCAUCACCUUUGAGAAAAAAGAUAAGGUUCUUUGCUACGCACCUUGCUACAUGAGUAAACAGUUAACACCUAGUCCUGCCCUAUUACCUGUUUGAAAGUGGCUGAUUCAGUUAUACAUUUUGUGGAAGAUGUGUUCUGAGCUAGAACUUGUUUCGACAUGAAUUAAAAGCUGCUUGCUUAUCCAAGUCUAUAUGUACAAGUAUGUAGCAACUCAGCAUUGCCCCCUGCCGGUUGAAUGAGUGAGUCAGGUACAUUCAAUAAACAUAUAUAGAUCCACCAAUAGUGAAUUACUCAGUAUCAGCAAUCAUAAUAAAAAUGAAGGAUUUUUUUUUUUUUUUUUACAUUUUACUUCAGUAUAAUUCAAGCAAAGGAUGUUCAAGAGAGGGUGGAACAGAAAUUGUGGACUGUUUACAAUUUUAUAUAUAGAAAAUGUAGUUCGUUUAACUGCUUUUAUUGAGUAUGUAAUAGGUUAAUAGAAAUGAAUUGAGAUGUGUAGCUUUUUAUCUGAAUCUGUGUUUAAUUAAAACUAAUACUUAUAUGAAUGUACUUUGAUAACAGUAGACAGACUUGUGGUAGGGUGUCAUCAAUUCUGACUCCUUAUAUCAUUUGCCAUGCAAUUUUUUUCUCUUUUUUUUUUUUUUUUUUGUAAGCACUGAAAUGGUAUGCUUUUCAUUCUUUGUGGGUGCAGAGUGUUGUAGACGUCUUUGAAUAUCCAUCAGCACAAAAAUAUAGGUGUGUGUGUGUUUUUAUUUAUAUAUAUAUAUAUAUAUAUAUAUAUAUAUAUAUAUAUAUAUAUAUAUAUAUAUAUA